CCCCUGACAUGUGUCAGUUGUAUUACAUAAACAGGGAUACAUUGUUCUCCUACCACAAAGCUUCCGAAUUGUUCUUACAGAGGCUGGUUUCUCUGUAUGUUGCAUCACAUUAUAAAAACACACCUAACGACUUGCAAAUGAUGUCUGACGCACCUGCGCAUCAUCUAUUUUGUCUUUUAGGGCCUGUGGAUACUAAUAAAAAGACUUUACCGGAAAUACUAGUCGUUCUUCAAAUUUGCUUAGAAGGUGAAGUCAGUAAAAGUAGCGUGAGUGAAGGUCUCUCGCGAGGUCGCAGAGCAUCCGGCGAUUUGAUACCAUGGACAAUUGCUCAGCAAUACCAAGAUGAAGAUUUCCCAGUAUUAGCUGGUGCGCGCAUUGUUCGUAUUGCCACGCAUCCAGAUUAUCACAGAAUGGGAUACGGCAGUCGCGCAUUGCUGCUAUUGAAGCAAUAUUACGAGAUGCAACAACCUAAUAUCAACGAAGAUGUUGCGCAAGAGCCAAUAGCAGAAAUCAAGAAUGUUCCCGACGAGGCUGUCGGUUUACUAGAGGAAACGAUUGAACCCCGCAGUUCGCUACCGCCAUUGUUAUUGAAGUUAAGCGAGCGACCUCCGGAACAACUGGAUUACAUCGGUGUAUCGUUCGGGAUUACGGAGCAACUGCUAAAGUUCUGGAAACGAGCUGGUUUCGUACCCGUGUAUUUAAGGCAAACGGCGAAUGACAUAACGGGAGAGCAUACGUGCAUCAUGCUCUACAGAACUCACGGAGAAUUUACCACUUCUGAUUGGUUGCGCGAUUACUGGAGCGAUUUCCGCCGGAGAUUCUUGAGUCUGCUUUCUUAUGCAUUUAACACGUACGCAGCGUCACUUGCAUUAAGCAUACUCGUUAACAAAAUACAACUGAAAUCUGUCACACUGAACAAAGAAUUGUUGGACGUUUACUUUACAUCGUACGAUCUGAAGCGUUUACAAAUGUAUAGUAAUAAUAUGACGGAUUAUCACUUAAUCAUGGAUUUAUUGCCCUCGUUAGGUCGCCUAUACUUCUUAAAUAUGAUGGGCGAUACUCAUUUCUCUGCAGCGCAAUCGGCAAUCCUGUUAGGCUUAGGUUUGCAACACAAAACUGUCGACAAACUGGCAGAAGAGUUGAAUUUACCUUCUUCACAGUUGCUCGGUCUGUUCAAUCGUACUGUACGUAAGUCAACGCAGUACUUGCAUAGCAUCGCAGAAAAACAUUUGGAAAACAUUAUGAUGACUAAAAAAUCGUCGGUGAACAGCCAAGUAAAAGUGGAUCCUUCAGGUGCACAAAAUCUGCAUGAAGAAUUAGAGAGCGCAGCUAAGGAAUUGAAGAUCAAACAAAAAGAAGAAUUGGAGAAAUUAAGAAAAGAAAAUCUUGAGCAGUACGCUAUUAAGGGCUCAGAGGCGGAGUGGACCAGCACGUUAUCUGGUAAACAGAGUAAAAAUCUCGUCUCUAUCAAGACCGGCGAGAAAAGGCCGACCGAAGACAGCGUACACGAGAAAAAAACCAAGAAGAAGAAAAAGAGAUUUUCUUCAAAUAUGUAACUUCUUGUUUGAAUCUACAAUAUUUGAACAUGAUACUGACUUGACUUUGA